CUGAACACAAUGUACAUUCCUCCAAAGCCAUGGCCACAAGCUAUUCUUACCUUGGUGAGGAAGUCAAACCCAUCAUCUCCCUCUCUCUCUCUGUCGUUAAAGCUGAAAGAUUAUGACCAGUGCUCGAUCACGUUCAUAUAGCAUAGGCUCUGUUUGACAGAAAAUACGUAUCGGAGGACUGGCCUUCGUCAUACAUGCAAUAAGUCCAUGUCAAAAGGCAAUGGGGUUCUUGUUCCUUUCGUCCUCCUCUUGGUCUCGACGUCCAUGUUUUCGCCGCAGUCGCUGGCAUCCGGAUCCCCCAAUACUGGAGAAAGAAGCAGCUGCGGGCAGCCCGACCCUUCUCGCCGCUUCAAGUGUUACCAUGGAGGUUACGAUCUUCGGAACAAGCAUUAUUGGGCUUCUGCGGCAUUUACAGGAGUUCACGGAUACGCGAUUGCCGGGUUGUGGAUGUUGAGUGGACUAGGCUUCGGAAUCUUCAUACUUUCAAAGGGCGCAAGCUCGAGCUCGACAGACCCAUCGAAUCUCCAAAGAGUCAUAGUAAUCUCGCUCGUGCUCUUGCUCACCCUUCUUGCCAUAGUGGCCAGCAGUUGCGUCCUUGCGGCGAACCAGAGGUCCCACCACAGAAUGAGGAGGCUGAAAGAAACCAUUCUCAAAGCAGGCCAAGACGCUCACCGAAUAAUCCGAAGAAUCAUUACAACAAUGACGGAAAUGGAGUACAUAUUGCUUCCCUAUGAACCCGUUGUGUCUUUCCAGUUGAAUUUGACCACCCAUCAACUCGGAAAGGAGUCGAGGGUCAUCCAACACUUCGUCCAAAAGAACGGCCAUUCAAUCGAUCUGGCAAUUCAAACUUCGUACAUUGCACAUAUUGUGAUCGUAGCAGUCAACAUGGUUCUGCUUACUGGGGCGAUCGUUCUUCUUCUACUGCACUGGCAUCCAGGACUCGUCAUGAUAAUUCUCUUUUGCUGGAUCUUAACAACUCUUUGCUGGGUUAUCACCGGCUUCGAUUUCUUCUUCCACGAUUUUGCCAAGGAUACUUGCUCAGCAUUUAAGGAUUAUGUGCAAAAUCCCAAAAACAACAGUCUUGCUACAAUCCUACCAUGUAUGGACUCGUCAUACUCGGAUCAACUCAUGACGGAGAUCGGCUCCACCAUUCACAACUUCUUCGCCCAGUUGAAUGCCAAGUCAACCGAGUUUUAUCGGUCCUUAGGAAUUAGUGAACUAGGCGACGAAUUGCCAGGAGUCAUGAAGAUAUGUGAACCUUUUUCCGGACCUCCUGACUACAGCUACAUCCCCGGAAACUGCUCAAAAGGCGAGAUUCCGGUCAGCAGCUUGCCAAACGUCCUCGCGCCGUUCACAUGCUACCGGGGAAACCCGCCAGAGAAAUGCAAGAGCGAAGGGAAGUUCUUGCCAGAGUCCACCUACUACAUGGCCUGGGCAUACAGUCGAUCCAUCCAGGAUCUGAUCAACAUAUAUCCUGAUCUCAAGGGCCUGUCAGAGUGCUCUUUUGUGAAGGACAGGUUUGAGGAGGCUGUGUUGCACCGGUGCAGGCCAUUUAGGGCCUCCAUACGCCGGUUGUGGUCAUCAAUGCUUGCCCUGUCAAUUGUGAUGGUGGUUUUGGUGUUGGCAUGGGUGGUCAAGGCAUGCCAGGAUAGGGGAAGAGCCUUCUCUAGGUGUUCCAUUUUUCCCAAUUCCUAGGUAGAGCCGACCGAUGCGUGGGUUUGGACCGAGCCGGGCCCAAAGGUCGAGCCUAACUUGUUGUCCAAACCCACUCGUAACAAAAAAACAUUUAAGACAAAAUUGUUGGACCGGGCUGGGCAGGCUUCACAACUAAAUGGCCUAGCUCAAGACCACUCAAAUACGCCCGUCGUGCGAUGCCUGGGCAAGCCAUGACCCGUCAAGCCUAUAAUUAAGUCUAUAAGUAGUAAGAAUUUUCUAGAAAUAGAGGACAAAACAAAACAUGACACAACCCUUUUUUAAUUCAUUUUUGUGGACUUUUCUUUAUUUAUCAGUGGUGACUGCAAGGUGUACAUGUCAUGGGGAAUAACUUCACACAUCAUAUUGAUCAAAGAGAAGAGAAAUGUACAUACAAUUCAAAACAUGAAAUAUACAUCUAUUUCUUUGGCC